UUCACAACUCAACUCUGUCUCCCCCCAAAUUGAUUAUCCACUUCUCAACCGUUUAAAUGUAAACACUCGAUUUAACUUUGCCAUGGCGGCGUUCUGUCUUAUCCUUAUAUAAACACUCACCAUACCACUAUUUCUUUCUUCAUAACGAAGAAAAUUGUUAACCCUUCUUGUUUAUCUCUCCGUUUUCUCGAGAAAAAUUUUGUUCUUUUUCAUGUGUUGUUGCGUUGUAAAGGUGGCGAGCCAGAAAGGAAAGAACGCGGCGGAGAACAAUCCUCAGGUUGAUAAUGAAAGCUGGCUGUUUGAAUAUCAACCGUCGGAUGAAUCUCAGUUAUCCGGUAGUCGCGGUGAUGAGACGUGGAUGCUUUCGAGGGUGAGAAGGGAGAGGGAGAUGUCGGCGAUGGUGUCUGCGCUGACGCACGUGGUGGCUGGAGAUGAUUGCGUGCAGCGGCAGAGUCACGACGGUAAUGAGUAUUUGGUAAAUGAAUUGAUGGAUAAUAUGAAUGUUGCUUCAAGUGAAAGCUCCUUGCAUGGCGGCGGCUCCUCUUCUUCUUCUUCGCGGAAUAGCAGCGGCCAUAAAAGAGGAAGAAAUCAAAAUAUUCAAACCACUCAAGAUUUGUCUUCUUUAAGAGAAACCUCAAAUUCAACCGUGCAAACAGAAACUACAUCAUACAACACAAAAUAUGAGUACACCACCAAUAAUGGCGACCAACGUCAGAAGAAUAAUAACAACACCACCAUUAACGUUCAAGAACCCAGAAGAAGAUACAGAGGAGUGCGGCAGCGGCCGUGGGGGAAAUGGGCGGCGGAGAUAAGGGAUCCAUUCAAGGCUGCAAGAGUGUGGUUGGGCACAUUUGACACGGCGGAGGAUGCAGCCAGAGCUUAUGAUGAAGCCGCUUUGAGGUUCAGAGGCAAUAAGGCCAAGCUAAAUUUCCCUGAGAAUGUCAAGCUCCGCUCACCGUCCCCCGCCGCCGAGGCGUCGGCAACCCAGUUCACCAUUUCCGGUUCUGCACCACCCCUUUUGAGCAUUCCCACAUCCACUGAACCGAUUGUUCACUGUCAACUGGGUGCUCCUGCCCCUAUGGUUUUGGAUUUUGCUGAAUUUCAGAGUCAGCCUUUGAGUUUGUACGACCAGCUUGUGUUUUCUUCUUCAUUGUCUUCUAAUUUAUCGCCGCCGCCGCCACCACCGCAUUCGAUGUUUCAGCUUCAGCCUCCUUAUCAUUUCAUGCCACCCUCCACUCAGAGUGGUGGUGAAAAUUUUCAAAUUCCUCCAUGGAUGAGCUCCCAUCAAUAUCCUCCUAGUUCAGGAUAACUUUAUAUUAUACAGUUGAAUCAUUCUCCCUUACAGACGUUGGCAUUUUGAAAUUAUAUAAUACAGUUAAUUA